AUGGCGUCCUCUCUGCCGGCCAUGGGUGCGACUUCGACGGACAGCACAUCGAGUCCUUGGAGGUUCGUCUGGGCAUUCCUCGUCGGCCUCUUGGCCACAGCCCUCUUCUUCCGCUCCGUCUUGCCACGCCUACCGCGCAUCCUCUUCCGCGGCAAGCUUCGCAUCAGGCGAGCGGGCAUCCGUGGCAUCCGAGGCAUCGAGUACCGCUCCAAGGGAUUCCACAAUGACUCGGCCGCCUUCUCCAGACACGAGGAUCAGCUCGAACUCAAAGUGCAGCGCAUCUACGCCUCCUACCACCUGCCCUACUUCCUCUGCAGAGCCCAGGACCAACCCAGUGUCGUCCCGCGCAAGAGCAGCGCCAUCAUCACCAUUCAUGUCCAAGGAGUCGGCGUACGUAUUCCUCGCUCUUCCCACCACAAGCACCACCACAAACAUGCCCAGCAACCACCAAAGCAUCGAGAGCAUGCAACAAGCCCUGCUCACAGCCCUGCGGCCUUGUCUUGGGAGCAGCAGGAAGAGCUCAGGCUCCAAAGGCUCAUGAGCAGCCCCUCCUUGUCACCAACAGCCGAAGCGCCUGCCUCGCUCCACCUUCUCCCAUCCCCGACACAUGCUUCCGCGCAUCUCGAUCACCAGCUACAUCCACCCGCCCCACCACCUGGCUCGGGCCUCUACCUCACUUUCCAUCGGGCUGGCCUCAUGUCCCUCCAUUCGGUCCUCAGCCUUGCCUCGUGGUUCCGCACCUCGGUCAUCCCACGCAUCACGAGCCUCGUGCUCCGUGCUUUCCGCGCCGCACUCUACCUGCUCACCUCGAGCAUUCCCGUCCUCACCUCCCUCGUCUCCGUCGAAAUCGACCGCAUCGAGGUGUACGUUCAGGAGGCAGAAGCAGUCGCCCGCAUCGGCAGAGCAGGUCUUACCUUCUCCAUGUCUCCUGGCUCCGCCACCGACGCCGAUAGAAGCAAGUCAGCAUCCAACGAAAAUGCCGCCGCCGAUCGUGCCUCGCCAAGCACCUUCUUUGAUGCUAUGCGAAUGAUGCCCACCCGAAUGGGCUCCGGCGCCCGCGGCGUCGCCAGCUACCUCGUCGCUGGCAUGUCUCCCAGCUCCGUCAAGGCACACAUCCGCGUCGACAGCAUCGAACUGUUCGAAGCCAACUUCAAGCCUUCUGCCAAGUCCAAUCCCAACUCCAGGGUCAGCUCGCGCCGCAACAGUGACGCCGCUUCUUCCAGAUCACCAGCUCGCGCAACCUCUCCUUCCUACGCAGAAUCUGGGCCCUUUUCGCCCAGUCAGUCUGACGCUGCCAUGGACACCACCCAGGACGAUCCAUCGCUCCCGAUCGACGACAGCAUCGACUCCGGCUAUCGGCAAAGAGGCCCUCCGCGAAGACGCAGCAACAGUGCCUCCCGCUUGUCCAGAAUGUCCUCCACCUCUCUCCGCGGCUUUGCUGACCGAUGGGCAGAUUGGGCUCUCGAGCCUCUUGUCGACUCAGACUUCCAUGCCGAUUCAGGCUGGACUCGCAAACAUCUGUCAGACGACUUCCCCUCGGACAAGUUGCAGACCAUCCCAACCAGCGCCAGAAUCCUCUCCAUCAACGGCGUCACUGAGCUCACCGCCAGCAUCCUCAUGGGCUCCAACCUCGCUCUUGGUGGCGACAAGACGCUGUCGGCAAAGCUCGCCCUUGGAGCCGCUGUUCUUCGACUCGAUGCGGCACAUCGCGCCUUGCGCGUCGUAGACGGUCGCAAGUCGCAUGAAACAAACUUUGCCAACGCACCCGGAGGCGGUCAAAAAGGCACGCAUCCGCCACAUCCGCGUCAUCCCCGGCCACCAGGCAUGCGUCACAGCUCGCCAGCAGCCACUGCUCUUCACAUGAUCUCGUCUCUAUCGCUCUCCCUACCCUCCGUCCGUGUCAUGGCGUCUUCCGAGACCAUGUUGCUGGCAACAGCUCCGCACACGGAGGAAAUGGGUCAAGAUUCGAAUGCUGCUAGCUCGCCACCCGCUAGGCAAUUCGCUUUAAACCUCGCCGGCUUUUCCUUCGAUCUCAAGCACAGCGAUCCCAGAGACACCAUCCAUCGCCGCUGGCUCGGCACCUGUGGCCUAGCGAAGAAGAAGUCAGCAGGAAGACCGAAUCGAUCCAAGAAGACAAGCGCGAACGACAAGUCGGCGGAUCAAAAGCACAAUCUCGCGGCCUCCCCUUUUGGAUCCGUCGCAAUCGACCAUCGACGUGUCUUCCUGGUCGACAUCAGCCUCGCCAGCCUCGAGGUCCAUUGUCGAGAGCAUGCGCGCAGUCAAGGCUCGCGUUUGCUGUUUGUUGGCGACCUCUCGGUUGAGUCGCGAUCGUCCUGGACGCCGUUCGGCCUGCUCGCCUCGUGCCCCGAGUCGGCACGCAUGCUUCUGUCGGGCGACCCGAACGAGCAUGUCGCUGCGGUCGAAACCUCGGUCGGUGGUGUCGAGAGCAACGUCACCUUGGAAGACAUCACGGCUCUGAUUCAGAUCGCAAACGAAGUGAAUCGUCAAAGACAGGCAAUGCGCAGCGCGUCGGCGUCGGAUAAGCCUCGGCGUCCAAGAGCAGGCGGCAGAGGCGUUCCCAGACUGCCGAGGAUCGCAGCAGGACUCCACAUCAAGCGCAUCUCUCUUGUGCUCGAUGCCAGUUGUCGUUCACAAGCAGAAAAGAGGACGCCGCGCUUCAGCAAGGACGAUGGGCCUUGCUCGAGGCAGCUCAUCUUGUCCGUUCCAAACAUCGACUUCAUGUUUUUCGGAGAGUACCGUGACGAGUAUGUCAAGCGCCCGAUUGCCGAGAAACGCGCUGCCUACAAGGCUCUCAAGGCCGACACUCUCGAGUGGCCCAUCAGCGGCAAGGAAAUGUGCAAGGCAGUAGGCAAGGCCAAGAAAGAGCCCAUGCGGAGCCCGCAAGUGUCGGUGGCGACUUUGACAGCGGAGCCAGAGGCCGUCACGCCCGGCCUGUCCGAGCCAGAGCAGCAGCGAUACAACGAGACCAAUCUGACCAUGGAGGAGACACUUAGACGGAUGCAAGAGUUGCAGCAGCACAAACCAUCUCGAGCGGACAAAGCGCCAGCCACAGCGCGGCGCCCAUCGAUACGCGACGCCAUGUCCAAGACCGGCAAGGUUCGGCUGCCCGGAUACACCCGCAAGUCUUCCAUGGCCGCCGAGACCAGGUUCAACCUGCGCUAUCAGUUCGAGACAUGCCUGGCCGUCGAUGCCGUCGAGCUCUUCCUCUCGCUGAAUUCAGCGGCGAGCUCAGCCAAGGGCCGCUUUGUGCGACCGGCAUCAGCAACAACUCAGUCCUCGCCAUCCCGCGGCACUUCGCAGCAUCAUUUGCUAGCCAUGCACAGCUUCGAGGUGCACGGCCUGGGACGCGUGCCCGGCAAUGCUGAGCCACGUGGCUCGGCGCUGUGCGACGAACAAAUUUCGCUGUCUGCCGCCGAUGCCGUCGCCGAAUUCCGCGCGAACAUCGAAGACGUCGACAUUGAAGCAUGGCAGCCGCGUGCGCUUGAUACAUACGCAGACAUCGCCGCCACCAUUGUGCGCGCAAAGCAAGAGAGCACGAUGGCCGGCAGAGAAGGCCAAACUGACGGCGUUGCGAGCGACGCGAUGCGAAAUCAUCCAAAGUCGGUGCACGAGCCCAAGCCGCUAGUCGAGCGUCUUCCUGGUGGAUUGGCGCUCUACAUCUCGAUCGGACGCACAAUUGCACACCUUGGCGGUCCCGAUCAUCGCAUCGAGGAUGAUGUCGCCCGUGGCGUUGGUUUCGAGGCCGAGCGGAUCGUGCUCGAGUAUGCAGCCGUCACCGAGACGAAAACGAACGCCUCGACCCUAAAAACCAACUGGGGUGCUCGUACUGCCCUCGAGCUCUCUGAGGAUCUACAACUGCAAGCGGUGUCGCUCGCCACUCGGCACGGCCGUGUCGGUCUGGCGCGUGUCGUUCUGCACGAGGCAGGCUUCUUCCCGAUCCUAGACGCCUCGCUGGCCACACGACAACACACGGAGGGCACCGCCUCGGAACCCUUUGCGCGCGCCAAAGCGCAAGCCGGCCGAGCUGCCAAGAAGGCAUCAGAGGGCGAGACGCUUGAACGCCCAGCUACUUCGCUGCUGGCUGAAGGCAUUUGGAACUUCGACAAGAGCGAUGAGCGCGUUCAUCAGUCGACGCAGCAUCGGCCAAGAUUCCGCCAGCAGGAUCGCAGUAACUUUAUCUUGUUCUUGCCGUACGCUGCCGUCAAGGCGGUCGUCCGCCCUCCUCACGCCGAAAAUAAGGCAGGGCUAGCUGGUACGAGCGAGGACGAAGUGUUCGUCACGACGGAGAAUACCAACCUGCUCGCGUUCAAGAUCGAUAUACUGCACACCUACUGCAUUCUGCUGGCACUCGCUACGUUCAAGGACCUAGCACAGAGCGCCCGCAGACCGGAUGUCGGCCUGGGCACCACCAAGCAGGAAGGCACGUCAGCGCAUACUCCGGUCCGCCAUCACCGUCCGAGUUUCUCAUGCCGAUUCGACAUCAAGGAGGUCCACACCUUUGUGACGCUGCCAAGGGCCGUGCAAAUCUUCAUCCGCGUACGAAGGCUAGAGGUGCGAUCCAAUCCGCAAGACGGUCUCGCAGUCUCUAUCGAGACCGCCAUGGGUGCCGUGGAAAGUCCGAAGCAGAUCAAAGGUGACGCAUGGGAGGAAGCAGUGCGACUGCGCGAUUGGAAAGUGAUGCUCCCUCCCAAGCGCUCCGAAGGCAAGGUUCAGAUCAAGGUCAACGGAGAUGCUGCACUCAUCCGCAUUCCGUAUGGGUACGCCGUCAAUCCGAUCAUCGAUAACACGUCGGUGGCCAUCAAGGCGACCAAGCAGAUCGUCCAUCAGUUCCUCAAGAGCCGGGAUGACUCGAUCAUCACGCCGUACGCCGAGGAACCCAAACUGCUCCCGGAUAUCGACAUCAACAUCCGUGUGCUUACUCUCGAGGCGCAGGACGACCCCUUUGAAACCAAGCUUAACCUCAUCUGGCGCGCUGGUCUCGCAGAGAAUUCAGCGCGCGACGAGCGCGAGUCUGCGUUUGCAGCAAAAGCGGAGGAGUUGGGAGCUACCAAAAUGCCACACAGUAGCACCUCUUUCCGCUCGGGCCGGAGCAAUGUCAGCCUCGGAUCGUCCAUCGCAUCGGCAGACAGCGAUUCCGAGGAUGCGUCUAGCUUCACGUCGCACGACACGCGCUUCACAGCCUCCAAGCAGCAGCACGUCAGCUACGAGGAGGCGAGGAUGGCGCUCGACGCCUUCAACUCUUCGAGCUGGGUGCGUCGCUACACGAACGCGCGCUCUGAGCAAAUCCGCCGUCAAGAGGCGGUACUGAAGAACAUCUAUGGCCGCUUUCCCCUCUCGCGGAGUCACGACGAGCUGCCGAUCAACGUGCUGCCGAUCGGCAAAGCCGCGCCCCUCGUGCGCUCGACCAUGUAUCGAGUCGGCCUCAAAGUCGGCCAGGCGCACUUCCCCAUCGAUCAGUUGCGCGACUUCAUCCACGAAAAGGGCGCUGGAAUACCGAAGGACACGCCGUUUUCGCUGCUGGUUCCCCUGCAUAUCAAGUGGGAAAUGGAGGAGUGGCGCGUCACGCUGCGCGACUACCCGAUGCCACUGUUGCACGUGCCACCCACGCAUCGAUCCGAGAGCGACGCACGCAAAGCGUGGUGCUUCGAAGGCGACAUUGUGAUCGCCGAGCAGCUGGGCGGGCCCGAGUCGAUUCGACACGUGCCGGCUGUGAUUGUUCCGGCAGCCACCGGUCGUCCUGACGCGGUCGAGUACGGCAUUGUGAUCCCCAAGGUGGCCAUGCCGGUCAAGACGUACGGCACGCCGACGGUGCGGCUGCGUACGCCGUUUCCGACGAGGCUGGUGUGGGGACAAUCGAUCCAGCCGACCAUCCAGGAUGUCAUGCGCGUCAUCGAUGGCAUCACACCACCGCCGCACGACCCGUCGCCCAAGCUUGGAUUCUGGGACAAGCUGCCAUUAAUCCUCCAUGGUCACCUCAAUAUCAAGCUUGAGGACGAAGGCGGCUUCAACAUCCAUCUCAAGGGCGGCCGCGAUCCGUACGGCAUCCAGGGUCAAGACGCAGGUUGGGUCAAGUCCUGGAAAGGCGGGGUCGAGAUCCGCAUCGGCUACGACAAUCCGCAAAAGGAAGUCUUCCAAAUCCUAAGCCACGAGUACGUGCUCGCGGUGCCGGAUCUGACUGACUACGUCGACCAUGCUGCCACAGGUAUCCUGGGCGGCGAUCAGCAUGGCAACAGUCAGCAAUCGUCCCGCGACGGCGAGGAGAGCUAUCACGACUCGUACGAUCGCAAGUCGCUUGGCGCUUCGUUCACCUCGAGCAUGCAUCGAUACAUGAAGGAUCCUACCUUCCGCAAGAUCGUCAUCAAGCUCACCAACGGCGUGCGCUGGGGCGCUGGCCUGCAUGGCGAGCGCACGUGCGACGACGAGACUUGUCCGAGACGGCCCAAGUGCAAGGGCGAGCCGUUUUAUCGCGAGUGCCGCAUCUUUGAGCGCAUCGAUCACUGGAAAGUGGUGACCAAGACGCGCGAGCACUUCGAUUCGCUGCCGGAAGACGAGCGGCGCGACUCGUAUCGCGGAUGGAGGUCGCAUCACCUGCAUUUCUCGCUGUCCGUUUUCUCGCCCAAGAACGGCAUCUCGAGCUAUGGCGGCCAGCAGAAGCAUGCUUCGCGCCUCGACGCGGUCAACAACUUCUACUUCACUCCGCUGGCCUGGGCACAUUUCUGGGCGUGGAUGAGGCUGUUCAACAGUGCGAUGAGCUUGCCUAUCCGCACAGGACAGCUUUUCCCCGAAUCACCCCCUCCGUCGCCGAAGUUCGGCCGCUUCCUUGGGACGAUCAAGUAUCGCAUCGAUCUCGAGCCGCUCUUCAUCACCCAUCAGUACCGACAGUUCAACAAGGAGGACUGGGCGAGGGGUCUUCGCACGCAUGUCGGCAUCAAGGCGCGCAUCAAUGCGUUCACCUUGGACAUGCACCAGCGGCAGCAAGAGAUGGUCAAGGAGCGGCCCGAGCUCGGAGAGCCGCGCAUCGUCUUCCACAAGCCCUUCUACGAGGCCGAGGUGAGCUGCGAGUCGAUCGACCUCAAGACCUUCGCCGCACAGAUGCGCGACGACUGCGAGAUCCCCUCUGUCAUGGACGAGCAGGAGGUUGGCGAGAGCAUCUUCGACGACCUGUUUGCUCAAGAUGUGCCCAUCUCCGAUGACGAGCUGGAGUGGGUUGAUAUGAACGAUCUGGUCGAGCUGGACUCGCAGGCGAUCAAGGAUCCGUCGCCCAAGAUCCGCAUGUACCCGGCCAUGGUGUGUCCGCAGUUCAACUAUUAUCGCAAGGUGGACUCGAAGCGCGAGCGGCGCGCAAAGGAGACGCAGAAGCGGGCGGCGAACGGCAAGAGGAGUCGCGAGCAGGGUGCCGAUCUCGAGGAGCUGCUCAGCAAGCUCGAGCGCAGCAAGUUCGGCAGCGAGAAGAGCCACGUCUGCAUGGUCGGCCAAAACGACAAGCCGUACGGCAUUCAGCGCAAGAUCGCCCAGGACAGGCUCAAGACGAUUCGCAGCGAGAUCGAUCGGGUACUCAACUCGAGCGACGACGGCAGCGCAGAGUCACAGAGUCAUUCGGAGGGCGUCGAUGAUCAGCAGGAAAGGCUCAACGAGCUGCACGGCCGCGAAAGAAUCCUCAGUGGCUUCAUCGCGCAUCUCGGACGAUUGCAGGAAGACACAGACCGCAUCGAGCGGGCCAAGGCAGAAGGGAUUCCGGCGCCAAAGCGAUCGGGCACCAUCGAUCGCAACUUUACGCUCAACGCGACCGAUCUUGCGUCUCUCUAUCGCGAUCUCGGGAUGUUUGACAAUCGCUACAUCGCGCAUAAUCCGACGCUUUUCUUCAGCAACACGACGCGCACGCUGCUGCUCAAGUACUACUACAGCUCGCGGAUGAGGCGAGGAUAUGCGCACCAUAUGACGGCGACGGCGGUGCGGUACAUCCGCGAGCUGCUCAAGAAGAAGGACAAGGCAGGUCGCCCAUCAGCUACGAAGAUGAAUGACUACCUCGACGCGGGUCGAAGCACGCAGCACUUGACACCAAGCACCGAGGGUGCCAAUGGCCUUGACAUCCUGCACGAGAUGCUCGAUGACAUGAUCAACCACAUGCGUGGCAAGGACGGCUACAGCAAAUCGGGCUGGGGCACCCGAAACGAGGGAGAAGAGGACGAAGGCUUGGAGGCAGGCAUGCGCCCCACGGACGGCAUCUCGGACGAUUUCAACGUGGCCAAGAGCAACGUCUGUGUGCUACUCAAGCCGCAGAUCGUGCUGCGCAGCGAUGUGGACGACAACUCGACCGUGAUCGUCUCGGCGCUCCGCACGAGGCUGCAGAACUAUACGGUCCAAGACGAAAGCUGUGCGGAAGACUCGGUCAACGCGACCGUGCUCCGAAGGAACUUCUUCGCGCUCGACAGUCUGCAAUGCUGGCAUCCGAACGCGCGCUCCAAGUCGACCUACUUGGUGGAAGCGCGCGCCGACAGGCACGGCUUUGUUGCUCUGCCUCUCGAGGCGCUCGUCGACAUGCAUGGCCAGUGCCGCGACUUUGAACGCAUUGUCCCGCACACCAACGCCAGCAUGUACUACGACAAGUUCAACAAGCUGCGUCUGUCUGAUUCGUCGCGCUCCGUCUCGACAUUCCGUAAAGACGGCAAGCCGGUGCAGGACCACCUCCACCAUCACAUGGACAUGAUCCUCCUCAAUUGUCCACGCUUUUCGGUGUCUGCCAACAGCGAGCACUUUGCGGCGUUGUACAAUGUGGUGACGGACUUGAUCUUGUACCGCGACCCGGCGCAUCGCGAUCAUGCCAAGCGGUUGGAGGAGAUGAUGUUCAGCUACGACUUCACGGAUGUCUCUGGGCUCGCAGACAUUGUCACAGCACUGCAGGUGCGCAUUCGCGAAGCGCAGGCGCUCAUCGAGCAGUACCGCGCCGUUGCAGAUCGUCUGAACGAGCGUGGGCGCACCGAAUACGUCGCGGUCCUCCGCGAUGUGCUUGAGCUGGUCACCGAGCUCAAUCUCAUCAUGGAGGCCAUCACCACGUCGCAGGACAGCAAGGGCGGCGCGGACCGCGAGAAGAAAUCAGCACUCCGGUUCAUGACGCAGGCGCAGGAGGUCGCCUGGAAUAUGAUCGGCGACGAGGCGGGCGAGCUCGUGACCAAGCUUGCUCUGCGCGGCAUCAGCUUUUCGUGGCUCAACAAGGCAGACAAUUCGGCUGCGAACACGCUCGCCAUCCAGGACCUGCAGGCGCUCAGCGUCGAUCCCGACGCCAUGUUUGCCGAGAUCAUCGCCAAGUAUCUGCGCGCCCCGGACCAUCCGAUGGCCAAGGAAGGGCGCUUCCUCGAUGCCAUGUGGAGCGUGCUUCCGCCGGUGGGAGGAAUCUCGAUCGUCGACAUGUUCGAGUUCAACUUGCACCCGGUCAAGAUCCAGAUCGAGCUGGUGGUGGGCCGCAAGAUCAUGGACUACAUCUUCGGCACAAAGCGACAGCGAGAGAAGCAGGAGGAGGAGCAGAAACGGCUCGAAGAUCAGACGAGACGGCAGGAGAAGGCGAUUGCAAAGAAGAAGUCGCCUCUGGCACGGUUGUUAGGGGGCAGGAAAAACCUGACGGGUUCAGCGUCGUCGCAGACGUCGAGAAGGCCGAGCACGAAUGCGAGCUCACGAAACGCCUCGACGGUCGACCUGGCAUCGCGCAAUGCGUCGAGCACGGAUCUGCUGUCGGUCGGCCGACCCUCGUCCGACGGGUCGCGCGAGGACGAUGCAGACAGCGUUUCGGGCCGCACUCGUGUUGCGACGGGUGGGAUCAGCACGGGAACGGCCAAGGCGUCGCUCAAGUCGCGCCCAGGCACGCCAGCGAGCGGCAGGGAUGCAGGAUCGGACGACGAGCGGCGCGGCGACCAGUUUGCCAUUGCGCAGCGCAAUGCGGCCGAGAUGCGCUCGCGGGCCUCGGCAUACCGCACCUUUGUGUACGUCAAGAUCUCGCAGACCAUCUUCUGCUUGUCCUACAAGGGCGAGAAGGAAAAGUCGAUCACAGAUCUGUACGACCUCGUCUUCCGCACGCCCAACUUCGAGUACCACAACAGCACGUUUGGAUAUGUUGACCUGGCGGACACCUUCAAGAAGGACGUGUUCAAGGCAGCCUGGAACCAAAAGUCGACGUUGCUGCGCGAUAUCAUCACGCACCGGCCGAACCGCAAGCGCAAUGCGAUCGAGAGCAUCCGUGCCAUCAGACAGGCGUCCAAGGCAAGGGAGUCGCUUGCGCCGUUGGACAUUGCGGUCGAGCCGCCAACGCCAGCGGGGCGGUCGUCGUUUGACGGAAGCAGCCAUCUAGUGGAGUCUCCCACGGACACAUUCAGCUAUCGCGGCGGAGAGGCGUACGGGGAUGAUGGACAGAGUAUCGACAGCCAGGCGCUCGAAGCGGACGACGAUGGCGAUGGCAGCCGAUCGGAGGAAGGAUUGCAGCGGCCGGAGCACGUGCGACAAGGAACCGGUCAGACGCUCGCGGGCCAGAUCCGCGACGAGUGGGGCCGAAACAACGAGCUGGAAGCAGCGGCUCAAGCCAGCACGCCCUCGUUGGCGUCGAGCGACGAGCGGCGCGACUCGGUUGGCGAAGUCGACGCCAUGCUCCACCUCCACACCCCACGACGCGAAAGCGCCGAUCCCGAGCCGAGCCGGCGAUUCCCCGGACUGCGAAGGCUCAGCUUUGGCGGAGACUCGCCUGCGACCGAGCGCGGAGAGGCGCUAUCGAUGGCGUCUGCCGGCUCGUCGCCCUACCUCCAGCUCCCGCCAGGUGCCGCAUCGAGACGAGCGAGCCUCGCGAGCAACAGGUCGCACUCACCGUCGUUCAAGCUGAACAAGCUCCUGCCAAGGUCGUUGAGGAGGGGAGCGUCGACGUCGGCGCCAGGAAGGAACGGAACGAGCCCGGCGGAUGAGGAGCAACACAUGCAGAGGGCGACGUCGUCCGACUAUUCGGCGAGCAUUCGCAGCACGCACUAG